CGGCCAUUUUGUUCCCCUCUUGCCCGGCUAGGUGACCGCAGAAGCCUUGCGAGAAGACGCUGCGCGAUGUUCCCUCUGGCGCGGAGAGCUUUGGGCCUUUCGGCCCGUGGCAUUCAACAUACGGUGAAGAGACAGGCUCACCGCAAACUUGAACCUGAUUUCCAUGACAAGUAUGGCAACCUCGUUCUCCUUUCUGGAGUGGCGUUUGGUAUUGGCAUUUGGACCUAUGCCUGUCUUCAACUUCCACUUGUAUGGAAUUUCUCUCCAAUUGGCCGACUUACUCCAAAAGAAUGGAGAGAAGACUAGAAGUGACUUUGGGAUACCUCUGGGAAUGGGGAAGUAAUCUGAGCUUCUUUGUGCCCCCCCUACCUGGCACUCUUCUGUGCUACUUAUGAUAUAAUAAAAGUAUUGAAAAUAAAUAAUUUGGGGUCAUAAUGUAUAUACGCUUGUAAUGCAGAACUGGUAGUCAAGUAAGUUGGGUUUUUGUCUGAAUGUUACACCUGCAUGCAUUAUCCACACAGCUGUGAUGGAAUGUAGUUCAGAUUCCAGGAGGGAGGGGGGGCAUUCCAGAGGGACAAGAAAUAACUCAGUUCAGAUGGUUCAUGUGAGAGUAAGAGCGUCAAGACCUCCCUUCCUUAAUAGUUCUGAGAGUAAAUGUUUUAUGGGGGUAGUAGCAUGUUUUAGUGUGCAAGAUUUUUGAGAUAAGAACAAUAAACAAAAUCUGCUUGGAAGAAUCA